UUGCUUAGGAGAUCGCUCGGACUAGGACCAAGGUCAGACAAACGAGGACCAGGAGCUUUGUCAUGAUCAUAGAAGGAAUACGUUACACGCAUUCGUGUGAAGACGCGCCAUGGGAACAAAGCAUGGACGAUACCCUGCUCAUCAUCCCUCGCUUCGUUGGCCAGAGGAUACCGGCGACCAUAGCGAACCCUCUGAUCAAUAUGAGCACCAAUGGCAAAAACACUCAGACUCCGGGUGGCCUUAUACGCUCACCAAGUACGGACCGCCUGAGGUUGUGGGGGGUGGUGAAGAUGGCGCAACACUACGUUAUUCCCGAGGAGUUGCUCUUCAUGUCUUCUGGCCCAGGUCAGGUCUUUAUCUUGAGGCCGGAGCCCCGCUCGAUGAUACCACUUCAACGGGUUCAUGUCGGUCCCUGGCUAUCCCCGACGGUCUCGCGGACAUCCCAAGUGUUGUGAUGACCAACGCAAGCUUGCUCAGUACUCUCAAUUCGGUCCUUGGGACAGAAUAUCAGCUGGACAUGCCCGGCCUUCGAGACUGUCUCAAGUAUGUAUUAGCGAGAACACGCGAUUUCGGACAGGCGUACGGGCUGCUACGUCCCUGGUGGCCCGACCCCACUCUCGACACGGGCCAGUACUUUGCUACUGUGCGCAGAAAAAUGCAGGAUCGCAAGAAAGAACUACGUAAACUUCGCAACAAUGCAAUUCAAGGCUCUUGUAUCACCGACUCUCGCUUACCUCCACGAAGAAUCUGGGACCUCUUCAGCAACCGUGUCCUCCAUCUUCAUGCCCUACCGCGUUCCCCGGGCAAGCCCAUAGGCUAUAUCCCUCCUGAAGUCUGGUGUAUCUCGCACGGCUGGGUCGAUGAAAAAUCCAGGAUAGAGGUUAUCACGAAGGUUAAUGGGGAGGAGUGGCGAGUGCCUAUACCUCGCGCAACGUCUUUGGCGCAUGUCCGUGUCGAGCUUCUGAACAUGGGUGCGCAGUACGUCUGGCUCGACAUUCUCUGUUUACGCCAGGUCAACAACAAACCGGAAUGGCACAUGGCAGAGGAAAGGCGGAGAGAGGAGUGGAAGACAGAUCUGCCCACCAUAGGGUGCAUCUACCAGAGACAGACGGUGGCAGAAGAAGAACGCGCUGGAUAUUCAUCCGGAGCCUCUCGUGGCUCACAUAUAUACAAAGACGUGAAGGAAGCUCCUCAAAUCAUCGAUGAAGUCCCCUGCGUCACGUAUUUCAACGGCCUCGGGCUACCUUUCGACAUAUCAUCGGCCACUCUGAAUUCUGAUCGUCAUUGGUGCCAUCGUGUUUGGACUGUGCAGGAGACGUGCGACAGUUGGCUUCCGGGAGGGAUGACCGGCGACCUGGUCGUUGGCAUGCCAGAGUUUUUCGCAGAGGUCCACGGUAUCGUCGCGUCCACUACGAACGAGAGAGAGGUUAUGCGGGUCAUCGCAGACCCCCACGCUCGCCGCUGCGGCAAGGAGCACGACAGAAUCAAUGGCCUCGCCCAUCUGCUCGGAUGCGAUACCCUACCUUUCUACGUUGAUUACGUCCACGAAGAGAUGGCAUGGUCGACGAUGAUCAAGCAUCUCCCUCCACGAAUACGCACAGAGAUCUUCAUUCAAUACGCAGUUGACGAGCCGUUCGCUCUCCACGUCUCAUGGCGCCAGUUCCUGAAGACCAGCCCGAAGUUUCUCAGCGUGGACUUGGUAUCUGGGGCCGUCAUGUUAGCCGAGGAACAUCGGAAGUAUCGAGAAUCCCGGGAACUAGUCCACUUGCUCGAUCGGUCCGCGCUAUACAAGAUGGAUCCGGCGGAAUACUGGCAAGUAGGACGUGCCAUUGGUCCAUGUCGCGCCUCCCGGACCGCGUGUAACAGAGCUUCCGAGAAUGCCAAGCUGAAGCACAUAGACAUCUAUCUCCACAACAAGCACAGCUCUCACAGAGAGGUUUUGAAGUUCGCUGGUAUGCAAGGAGUGCUCAUGCCCGACGUAGACUACACCUUGCUAGGCUUCUACUCGAAGUGGUACGACGAGUGGAGGAAAUGGUGGGUUGCUGUAGAGGUGGUGGGGGAACGAAAUAUCGCGGACCAACCCGUACUCGAAGGACUGAAGUGGGCUGUGCUGCUUAUGGAUGAGAAGGAGGCGAUGAGAAUAUCGUCGAUGCCCAUCAGACGUCGAAGUAGGCGCGUGAUCUACGUCACUGGACAGCGGGCAAUCGACAAGAGCCGGCGCGGCCACGACUACCUGAAGGUGUUUCAUGAAGGGGUUCAGAGCGGUGAAGGUGCGAUGGGAUAGAUGGCCUUACCGUCGACGUCUUGGCGCAUGGAACGAUGUCAAGUCGUUUGAUUAAUCAAUUUGCCCAUGCACUCUUUAAUUUGAAGGAUUGUACAUGUGCCAGCAAGCACUCUCGUCGCCUGAACAUAAAGACGCAGUGCUCGAGGCUUGUCAGUUGCAAAUCUCCCUCAGGACACGGGAAAGGUAUUGCUG